UCUUUCCUUGCGUAAUAAACUUUCUCAGUACAAACCAGGUACAAACAUGGAGGAUUGUUUCGUUUACCGGCGCUUUUUUAAUGGCCUCUCAAGUACUACCACUAGAAUUGAUCGAUAAAUGUAUUGGUUCUCGGAUAUGGGUUGUGAUGAAGAGCGAACGUGAAUUUACAGGGACUCUACUUGGUUUCGAUGAUUUCGUCAACAUGGUUCUCGAGGAUGUCACGGAAUACGAAAUGACACCACAAGGAACAAAAAAGACGAAACUAGGCCAGACGCUGUUGAAUGGGAAUAACAUCUGCAUGCUAAUUCCUGGUAGCGAUGGACCAGAAUCAUAGCGGAUGCCAUAUGGAUGGUUCUCAUUCCGCUAAGACCUCCGCAAUGUAGAGAAUUUGAUAGCCCAUUCAUAUCAAUACUUGUACAAUAUCUCAUAAAAACCUUGACCUUGUCGUUGGUACUGUUCUCCGUCCAUAACCACGUGACUUAGUCGAGAUUCAAUAAUUUGAAUUCUAUCAGCUUCCACUUGU